ACUUAACUAAGUUCCAACGAUUCAAUGAUGGCGUUGCAAAAGUGGAUGUGACGUCACAAGGUUCCGGAUAUUUAUGAAUAGCACGAAAUAUAUGGACAAUUACUCGGUUUAGAAUCUCAAUAUAAACUGCAGGUAUUAUAAAAUAACAGUGAGUCUUGGCAUAGCUUUGGCGCUUAACUUAAAUCCUACAACUUAAGUUCAGACUAAAUUACAGCAAUAUAUAAUCAGUUGAUAAUUUUUAUUAUUUUUUUGUUAAUAUUCGCGUCACGAUUAGCAAACUUCUAAUAGACAGCAUAAUGAGAGGGAUCAGGCGAAGCUUCCGGCGUGCGCUGAGCAAGCUUGUAUGGCUGACUUAAUUCUUACGUAUAGGACGUAGGUCGCAUAUACUACAUCAUAAAACAAGAAAUUUUAAUAUUAUAAAGAAUAGCCUACGUGAUUAUGAAGUUGUGUAUCGUUGCAUCAAGUCAUGGGGCGUAAGUGAUCUUGCUAUAGUUGGCAGAGUAUAUAGAUAUAUUAUGUUACAUUACAGACCCUAACCAGGCAGUUGAUCAUGUUUUUUUAAUCGUGACAGACCUUAAUUAGGUUUAUAUAAAUUCUGACGCAAUGAAUAAUACAACGGAAUAUCGAAUUAACGUGGGAACAACGGUAGAAAAUCAUUCAAAUUCGAGUAAUGGAGAAAACAUCGCCACAGUUCAGAAUUAUUCCACAAUGUUGAUCGUAACAUACAUCGGGGCAUCCAUUUCUAUAAUUGGGAUACUUCUGACUUUAAUGGCAUACAUCGGAUACAAAAAAUUUCAAGUGAAACGAACGCAUAUAGUGAUGGUGAAUCUAUGCGUUUGCUACAUCGUGUAUUUCGUGUCGUAUUUGAUCAGCAACAAUCACAGACACCAUUACGAAUUCGAGACGUUAGAAACCAUCGUCGAACAUCCAAUGUGUGUUGCUGGUGCAUUCUUGGGCCAUUUAGGAAUGCUAGGCGCAUGGUUCUGGUUGACAGCAUAUUGGUUUAUUCUUCUAGUUAUGUUCAAGAAGCCAAUGGGUGGUCACAUCAGUAGAUUCUUCCUUAAAUCUGCAUUACCAGCAUACGGAAUAACAUUCGCUAUUGCAAUUAUUUGUUUGGUUGUUUCAUUCACGCGCAAAGAGAUUUACACGGUUUACUCCAGCGAAUUGUGUUUUUUGAAAGGAAACUACCUCAAUAUGGGCGUCAUACUGCCUUCUUCACUUUUGCUUGUUGUUGAUGUAGUCAUAUUAAUGUACGUCAGUUACGGAAUGGUUUGGGUGAAACCCAACGGUCGAUUUCAGCGCUUGGGAAGCUUACAACGUAUUAAAGUCCAUCUUUAUAAGUUAUCAGUUAUAACUAUGCUGACGGCCAUAAUGAUAAUUGGCACAGCAGUUAUCCCAGCAAUAAGAAUCGAAGGAAAUACCAAAGCGCAUCUUAUCUCCGUUAUUGUAUUCACUCUUCUAUCCUCCGCAUUGGGAAUCGUGUUGAUGAUUCUAUUCUGUUUACACCAAGAUGAAAUCAGAGCGCACUGGAUGGCGAUUAUCUUGGGUAAAAAAGACCCCGCACCUCAUAAAUCAACCUAUCGCGGCAAGAUGGACGUGGACGGCAACUUCAUAGGAACCAUGAAACGCGAGGAAUCUUAUUACGGCAACGGCGACCUCGUCGGUGGAGAGCGACAAAGAUCAACUUACAGAAUGGUAGCCAAGGAUGACACAGACAUGACUACGUUGGGCCUUAUACAAAUACCAGGCACGCCAUCGAACGCGCGGACGAAUCUAAAUGGCGAGACAAGCCAAGCCAAAGCAAAUAUGACGUCGGUGAAAACGGAGAAGAAACGCACCGGUUCGUCAUCGUCUAUGCUAAGUGUAAGUAAGAAACAAAAAGACGACCAAACCACCCCAUUAAACGAAAUCAAACGGAAAAAGAAAGACCGCAGAAGUUACAGCACAAGUGCACGCCCGAGCAAUAUUAAUACAAGCGCAAACAGACAGAGUGCUGCUUUCUCAGACGACCCCCCAUCCCCAGUUACAACAUUUGUGUAAACAAAUUUCUUUGUGACAAUUUAAGCACUGUUCUUUACUACGUUGUUGAAUUAAAAUUUCACUUCAAAAUUUUGUAUAAUAUGUAAUAUAACAACAAAUUAUUUACAUUGAAUUUCCUUCUCUUUGUUUCUCUGAUUGAUUGUUGCAACAAUAUGUGUUUAUUGUAUAUAAAAGUAGGGAAAAAACAGUUUUAAAACAUUUUAUUUCAAUUUAAACAAGAACGAAAUCAUCUUAAACCAGAUCUUACAUA